AUGGCGUCCUGGGAUCUUCUCGACGAGAAAGGCGAAUCCGAGCUUCACAAGAGCCGGCUGCUCAACGUUGAAGAAAAACCCUUCAAGCGCAUCACCAAGCGACUCUCCUCCAUCUCCGCGAUUGUAUCCAGCGCCAUACAGUCCGACGCUACCGUCCAAAACGGCCAAACCACAAGCAGCGCCCAGCUACAAGAAGACCUCACAUUCGACUUUGCCGCCUUUGAGAGCAGCAUCGCCCGCUUCCAGUUCCUCCACGACGCAAAUGUACGAGAGCGGCAACGUUACGAGGCGGACAAGCAGCGCAUCCUGGCAGAGUGCCAGGCUGCGCGCGAAAACAACGCUCGGCUGCGGGAACAGCUGGAAGACGCCAAGGCGACUUUGGCGCGGCGGAAGAAGUUCGAUGAGCUGGCGGAGAAGAUCCUCUCGAACCGUUUGCUAAGGCCACGCGAAGACCAGUUUGCGGCCCUGGAGAAGCUGGAAGAAGAGUGCAAGGAGCUGGAGCGCGAAAGCGAAACAUACAGUGGAACGUGGAAGGAGCGGAGAGACCAGUUCAACAGGAUCAUGGAGGAGGGCAUGCUGCUGAGGCGGCAGAUUAGAGACGAGAAGGAAGAGGUAGACAGGAGAGAGGGCAUGAACGAAGGCGCAGAGGACGAAGCGGAGGAACAGCGCGGCGGCCAGACGCCCGGCGUUGAGCCCAGCGCAACCGGGACGCCGCGCCCAGACGGCGAGGGCACCCUCAACGAAACGCCUCAGCCAACGAUAUCUGUGGACGCGCCGACGCCGGCGGUCAGCUCGCCGCGACCGGAUCGGCUGCAGCAGCUGGCUGCCGAAGGAACGGGCUCGAGGGCACCCAGCAGGGCUUCGACGAGGGAGCCGUCGCGGACGCGAUUGCGGGAGGCGUCGGGGAGCGAGACGGGCGAAGAUGUUGAUAUGGAGGAUUCGCGACGUGAGGACGGUGAAGAGGGAGAGGAGGAGGAGGAUGAAGACGACAAGACGGGUGCACGGAAUGGCGAUAAGAUGGAGGUUGAUAAUUAG